AUGUUCAUCGCUGAAAUGGUUUCUUUAUGGAUAUUUCUAUUCAUUAUUAAAAAAACCUCAGGUAUUGUUUCUUAUAAUCAACCAAGAAUCGAUUCAAAUUCAUCAUGGAAUCCAAAUGGAAUGACAAUUCUCUCAAAUAUAUCCUACUUGAAUGAUAUUUUUAUCGAUAUAAAUAAUACAAUCUUCAUUCCAAAUUAUGAUGAUAAACAAAUUCUUCUCAUUGACCAACAAAAUUUUUCAUCAACACUAAAUCUUUCUCUUUCUUUAUUUAAUUCAUCAACAAUAUUUGUACGAAGUAUAGAUGAAAUCUAUAUUGAUGCAUAUUAUACAAUAGGUGGAAUUACUGAAAUCAAAUCAAAUUUAACAAUUGAACAAAUAUCACGAAUGAUUUUAUGCCAACAAUGUUUGGAUUUAUUUGUUACCGAAAAUAAUAUUCUUUAUUGUUCAUUUAAUCAACAUCAUGAAAUUCUUUCUCAAUCAUUAACUAAUGAUUGGAGUCCUUUGAUGACUGUGGCUGGAACAGGUAGUGAAGGUUCAACAUCAACAACACUUCGAUUUCCUUACGGAAUAUUUAUUGAUGAAAAUACAAAUCAAGAUUUAUUUGUUGCUGAUUGUGGAAAUAAUCGAAUUCAAUUAUUCCCAUUUGAAAAAUUAACUGCGACAACGAUAGUUGGAAGUGGAUCAAUGAAUAUAACAAUUGAUCUCAAUUGUCCUACUGGCAUUAUAUUAGAUUUUGAUAAAUAUUUAUUUAUUGUUGAUUCAUUUAAUCAUCGCAUCAUUGGUGAAAAUCAAUAUGGAUUUAAAUGUUUAGUUGGUUGUUCAAAUUCAUCAGGUUCAGCAUCAAAUCAAUUAUAUUAUCCUUGGAGUGUUAAUUUCGAUUCAUAUGGAAAUUUAUUUGUUAGUGAUCGAAAGAAUCAAAGAAUACAAAAAUUUGAAUUGAUCAUUUAUUCACGUGUGUGGAUAAACAUCGCAAGUAUGAAUGUUCCACGAAAUGAACAUAUAGCAUCAUUGUUAGUAAAUGGAAAAGUUUUAGUUAGUAGUGGGCAAAAUUCUGGCGGUUAUAUCAACAGUGCUGAAUUAUAUGAUUCAUCAGCUGAUAAUUGGACAAUGACGGGAAAUAUGAGCACGGGUCGAGGUGGAUAUACAGCAUCUGUUCUAUUCAAUGGAAAAGUCUUAGUUAGUGGUGGAUAUAAUGGUGGUAUCCUCAAAAGUGCUGAACUGUAUGAUCCAACAACUAAUCAUUGGACAUUAACAGGAUAUAUGAAUAACGGACGAUACGGACAUACAUCAUCAGUACUGUUAAAUGGAACAAUUUUGGUUACCGGUGGUAAUAAUGCUAUGACUAAUGUUGAAUUAUACGAUCCAUCAACAGGCAGUUGGACAUCGACAGGAAAUAUGAAUGUUGCACGAACUCGACAUGGUGCAUUGGUAUUAUCUAAUGGGAAAGUAUUAGUUACUGGUGGUUCUUCGAACAAAGCUGCAGAAUUGUAUGAUCCAGCAACAGGUAUUUGUACAAUAACAGGAAGUAUGAAUGUUGUACGAUCUUUUUUUACGAUGUCUAAAUUAUCAAAUGGCAAAAUAUUAGUCGCUGGUGGAGAUAAUAAUAAUGUCGGUGUAACUGCUGAACUGUACGAUCCAUUGACUGGUAAUUGGACAAUGAUAGGAAAUAUGAGUGUCGCACGACAAUAUCAUACAGCAUCGAUAUUAUCAAAUGGAAAAGUAUUAAUUAGUGGUGGUUCUUCUUCUAGUACAACUACUGAAGUGUAUGAUCCAUUAACAGAUAGUUGGAUAAUAGGAGCAAACAUGAAUGUUGUUCGAAAGUCUCCUGCAUCAGUUGUAUUAUCGAAUGGAAAAGUACUCGUUACUGCUGGCAGUCCUUCUCUCUCAAGUGCUGAAUUGUAUUGA